AUGCCCGUUGGCCAUCAUGUCUGGCUCCUGGCUCUACGAAAGGGUCUCGGCCGACAAGCCGUUGAGCUGCGACGGGCGCCUCAGGUCUUGAUGGGCUGGCCCGUCAUCUCGCUUGGCAUCAACCUCGGCUUCCAGCAGACCAGUCAGUUUCAGACGACAUGGCCGGCAGACAGGCAUUCAGCUGAGCGACCCUUCCGACGAUACUUUACCAAACAGCUCCAUCGGCUGAGGCAGCGACUUGAGACCAGAACGGCACCGUCACCGACACCGACACCGCCUCCAGAGCGUGAGCGAGGCCGGCACAGCAUCGCCCGCGGAAAGGUUCCUGCCUCAAAGAUGGGAGAGCAUCGGCACCAUCAGCGCGCGGCGGCCAGCGUCGGGGGAAGCACCCCGUUGUCCCUCGACCAGGAGAUCCAGCUUGGCGUGGCCUCGUGGUCCAGAGGACCGCCCGAACCGCCAGCAUGGCACAACCAGGACCGCAAGGGCGUGCACGGCGGCACCGGGCUCUACGCAUACAGCAUCACGACCAAGACGAAGCCCAAGGGCAAGGCGUGGCGCCCAGCCGCGGGCAUCAAAAUGUCAAAUCCAUUGGGCCGCCCAACAAGAGGGCCGCCUCCGGCGCAGUUGUCUGGUGCUGCCUAUCAGCAGCGGCCCGACUCUCUGGGCAUCUCGAGCCAGUACGGCCGGCCGGCCUCGUCCGUCUACUCGCAACCGUCGCCAGAAGCUGCAGUCUUUGCCGCCCAGCAACUGCGUCAGGAACACGGCUACUACCCCCAGAACCCUCUCGAGGUCUCCCCGCCAAGCUCUCCGGAUAUUGUCGGCCCCAGACACCGCAACGCCCGGGACGUCUCUCCCAUAGACGAGCCCGACGACAUGGCUCAAGCCACGGCCAACGGCUACAGCGCGCCGCCGCAGCGCGGCGCCGAGGCUCGCAGCAACAUCCCCAGCAUGCGCCGUGAGCGUCGCAAGAACAGCGACGCCGCCCGGCAGGCCCUCCGCGAGAGGGCCUCGCAAGAGCGCAUGCACCAGCCCCAGCAGCGCCCUCACGACCACAAUGUCCGCUGGGACCCGAGGACGGGCGAGCCGACAUCGACCGACAAGGGCCGCAAAUCCCAGGUCAACCCACAGGCAUACGCCAGCGACCUGACACGCCGCGAAGUCAACGCCACGCCUCCGCGCCCGGGGCAGCCAGUCCAGCAGAGCAGCAGCCCAUAUGGCCCCCGUGUCACCCGCCGCGCGCCCAGCGCGACACCGGAGCCGGAACGCCAGACUCCUCCACGGCCAGCCUGGCAAGGCGGGAGCGGCCGGAUGGUGCUGGCCGAACCGCUGCAAGACUCAGACAAUGCGCCGCCCCUUGCAGUGUCACCACGCAACCGCCCUCCUCCCCUGGGGUAUGCCUCUGCAUCUGCACGCGGCGGCAACCGCGUGCUGUCCCCCGUGCAGUCCAUGGGAAGCAGCGGCCGGUCGACUCCCACUGCAAGUGCCCAGGCGCAGUCGGCGCACUAUCCGAGCCCCCCGCCAGAGGCCCGCCAGGCGCCUCCAGUCCGUUCUAUGCCAUCCAAGGAACAACAAGCUGCACCACCACAAACACAACAACCACAACUGCGACCUUCUGCGCCGCAGCCCCAGGCAUAUGCCCCGGACGUGCGCGACUCACUCAACGUUCCUUCUACAGAAAAGGCCAUAAGACGCAAGCCGGCAGGUGGGGCAGGACACCACGCACAACCGUCCUGGUCGUCCUCGGUCUAUUCAGUACCUUCUCAGCCACAGACGCCCGUGAUAGCAGCUCCAACCAGGCCGCAACAAGAACAACGGGCCACACAACCAGACGCCCCGUCUGCCCCCGCCACUGCCGCUAGAAUAGAACCAGACGCUCAGCCUCUACAAUCCCAACCCGCCGGGCCAUCAGUCCUGGACCGCAAGCGACCCAUUGUGGCUGGCUACGAGGGACAGGGUCCGCGAUCACCGCCCGUCGACACCGUUGUCAGGAUUGACAUGAGCUCGCCGUACCAGAGAGAACCGGCAUCUGCCGGGGUCAAGUCCGCCACAAACAAGCCUCUCAAGAAGGCAGGGCUCUUUAGCAGUGGAGCCAACGACUCCGUCACCUCGCUCUCAUCAGAGUUCAAGUCUCUCCCGCCUGCGCCACCUGAGGACGCCGCCAAGGACCGCGUCGCACAGCUCAACGCCAAGCUGUCCGCCCUCGGCAACAGACGGAUCAACCUCAACACGGCGAUCAAGCAGAUGACGGAGCUCAUGCCCACGGACAAUGUCCUGGCGAGCGAGGCCGUCGUGCGGAAGCGGGAAGCCGAGAAGCGCAAGGUCGAGGCGCUCAAGCUCGAGCUCGCAGAGGUCGACCGCGAGUCCUACGAGAUUGGUCUCAAGCUGCAUCGUGCCUACAAGCGGCUGGACCGUGACGCCGAAUACGAGCCCACCACGCUCUGGGUGCGUCGGGUCACGGGUUGA